GCCGGAAAACUAAAAAAGAUCGAGAGGAAAAACCCGUGAAAGUUUAAAUUAUAAUUAAAAUAGUUUCCCGUGCAUUUAAUGUCGGCACCCGAUAACAAACCCAAAGAAUCGCAGAAUGAAAAGCAAACGGUAGUGGUUAGUGCGAAAAAGAAACAGGCCAAACUGUGCACCGGUCGUGAGACCUACGAAAGGAUGAAUUUCUUGUAUCAAGCCGCAACUACUAUGUCGACGACGCAUCCGCAGCUAGCGGCUUACUAUGGCAAGCUAAUGAAGUCGGUGGGCAAAAAGGCCGUACUACGAAUGGAACCGGCGAUAAAACGCACCCUUUGCGUUCGCUGUGGCGUUCUUUUGAAUCCGGGAAUAACGGCUGAUGUACAAGAUUAUCGGCAUAAGAAACUGUGCUACCUGCAGGUGAACUGUACGCUCUGCGGAUUUUCAAAACGCUUCUACAACACCAAAAACCAUCGCCUUUGGAUGGACAAUCCCAAAUCCAUCGUUGAACGGAUGGAGUUUGCAUGAGUUAGCGGGACGGAGUGCUGAACGAUAGAUUUUAGCUCGCGCACUUUCUUAUAUGUGAUAUUGCUUCGAACGAUCAGGAAGUACAAAAAUAAAUGAUUCAUUUAUUGACUCUC